AUGGCUUCCUCUAGAUUCCAAAAAAACAAGCGUUCUCGUUCCUCUGUGAUCCGUUUCUUCAAAAUUGUUCUCAGACAUAGCCUUGAAGAUGGAAAGCUUAAGGUACCAAAAAUGUUCAAUAUGAAACAUGGUCCCAGUGUUCCAAAUCCAGUGUAUCUGAAGCCUCCAGAUGGCACUGCAUGGAAGAUAGAUUGGUCUGAGUAUGAUGGUGCCAUUCUAUUUGAAAAUGGUUGGAAAGAAUUUGCUUCGUAUUACUCUCUGGAUAAUGGCCAUAUGCUGUGGUUUGUGUACAAUCAAACUUCUAACAUUGAAGUAUACAUUUUUAACAGGACUUGCCUUGAAAUAGACUAUCCUUCCUUGGAUCACAUCAGCGAUGACGAUUCGAUUGAGAUCUUGAAUGAACUGCCCCCACGAGGCUGGCCGAGGAAAACAGAGAAAGCAGCACCAAAGACACCAUCUGCUUCUACAAGCAAAAUGGUCACAAGUUCUGCCAAAACUAAAGUAGUGAAAGGGUGCCCUGAAAGAAACUAUCCUUCCAAGGACCACAUUGAUGAUGUCAACAUGGUUAAGGUUGAGAAUGAACCGCCACGAAGACGCCAGAGGCCGGCCGAGGAAAACAGAGAAAGCAGCACGAAACAAACCAUCUCCUUGUACAAGCAAAAAGGUCACAAGUUCUGCCAAGAAUAG